AUGGGUCAGUUCUGAGGCAUCCGACGGCUCCACUUUCGGCUCCAACUCGGCUCCCGGCUGGCUCGGAACUACAACGGAUGGGACGAAGGAUGGUAACUUUACUCUGCUUCUGGAAAUCUCCGGAAGUUGGCCUGGAUACUCCUGUACCAGAUGAAAAUCCGGAAAUUCUCAACUUUCAAAACUUUCUAGCUCUAGAAGUAAUCCCUCAAAGACAAAGGCGGCAUAUUUUUGUGGUUUUUCGACUUUGAGGGAUCUUUCUCUGGAUUUGGAAAGUUUCCCAGGUUGAGACUUCAAGGACCUUAGUCUGGUACAUUUCGUAUAGUCCUGGCCAAUUUUUAGGUGAAUUCAAGUCCAAGCAGAGUAAAAAUGACUAUCCUUGCCAGUGAACUUUGCGAAGCCUCCCCAUGCGCCUAUAAAAUAGCUUCGGUGCUCGAAUCAGGUUACUAUUAAAGGGGCAUGGGAGGCUCCGUAAACUCCUUUUGCCACGAAAGAUAUUAUUUCGAGUCCCGAGCCAGCCGCGAAUCGACUGUAUGAAGUAGUACCAAGAAAACUUCAAACCUCUAAAAUAAAAUGUAAUCUUCAAAAUUUCAGCAUGGAUAUGGUUUGGUACCAAGCCUAUCGCCCUCAUUCUUAUCGUUCUCGCCUGGCCAUCUCAAAGCUCUGCUCAGGGUAUAUUUCCAUUUCCCCAACUAUUUAUUUAUAAACUUUUACUUCGGCAAGUAGUCUCUAGUCUAUUAAAGACUCCAAACGGGUCAAAGAUUGCUCUGAAAAGGCUGAUAGGUCACAGUAGCAGUGGGACUUUUCUUUAAACAUAAACCGCGUCGCGAUUGCAAAAAGUUAGAGACGGGCUUCCUUUUGAGUCGGAAUUUUUUACUCCUUAUGGUUUUUUCAGGACAAUGUUGCAAGAGAAUAAUCGCCAGUCUUCCAACCGGGGAGUUUAUUCCUCCGGAGUGCUCGAAGAACGUGAAAUGCACGGAAGGACCCGUCAUCGUCGAGGAAACUGAUUCUCAAGCACUUGCCGUUUAUUCUUUCCUGAUUUCGGCUACAAAGACGGGAACCCUCUCUGUCAUUAAGAACUCGAAAAGAUCGAUGGGAUUCCCUGAGCUGAUUGAGUUGUUGCAUAGUGGAAAAGGCUGGUUUUUCCGCUUGUUCUGAUUUUGUUUUCAAUUGUUUUGUCACUUGUUUAACUUUUUCCGUUAUAGGCCCGGCCAUAUCUUUGGAUCAUGCCAAACUCGACGAUACCUCGUUUGAAAAGUUGAAAACGCUGACAGUCGAGAACCUCCAGCCUUACUGCGACGGCGCCGAACUCAUCGACAUCCAAGGCCCGCUCGAUGCCACUGUAAAAAAACGGCUGGACAAGAUCUUGAACGAAGUAAUUCAUCUCGAAAAAUUGUUGAACUUGAACUAAAGUUGAACUAAUAACCCUUGGAAGUCUCUAAAAAAAACGCGAUUGGCCAAUUUUUCCUUACUUUCAAGCAAAUCAAUAGAAAAUUUUCAAUCUUAAAUCAACCUGUCAAUUUUCAGACUAUUAAUUAAAACAAACUUCUUACAGACGCUGGCCCCAUGCGAGAGCCUUAAAGGGAGAGGAUCUUUCGGCGUUUCCGGCCAAAACAAUCUCACGUGUUCGCAAUGCACCGCUAAGCUGGCUGCUGCGGAAAGCAAGGACGCAGAUUGUUCUAGUAAAUUUUUUGACUUUUAACAAAAUGAAAAAAAAAGGCAGACUGAUCAAAAAUUUUUGGGAGAUAAUGAUUCCAGACUUGAAGCUGUAAAAAAUUUGGAAAAUUUUUAAACACCAGGAACCUUUCAGUUUCGGAAAUAUGAAAAACUUUUUUUUUUGAGAGAUUAGAGAAAAGUUUGCAGGUACGGCGGUGGUUGUCCCCUGCGUCAUCGUAAUAGUUUUGCUUGCGGUGGCAUUUGGCGCGAUGACAUUCAUUGCAUUCGGGGUUCGCAAGUCGGCCUCAGCCUCGGUCUCGGCCUCGCCGGCUAACCGCAAAAGUUCGACGGGGAGCCGUCAAGAUUUGAGCUCAACGGCCUCGGCUGAGAAUCCGAAUAAGGGCAAGCCGUCCGCGGAGGGCCCGAAGAAGCCGAAAGUCGCUGCAAAGCCACCGGCCGUGAAGCCUUUGGAUGGUAACCCCAUGGAGAUGGGAAAAGCGUCGGGUGAAGUUGACGAAAGGAAGGAAGGUGGUCGAGAGAUGGGUAAGAUGGAUGGUAUCGCGAAGGAAACCGAUGCCAAAAUGCAGAAGAAAGGGUCGAUGCAGAUGCCGACCGAAAGUGAGUUUAUCGAAAACAUCUUUUUCGGUUUAAGGAAGUAAAGAAAUAACAGAAAAACUAUCAAUUUUCAGCUAUUGCCAACGAGAUCGCCAAGCGCGACAAGUCCGGCCGUCAAGUCAUGCCGCUCUAG